UCUUAUUCUUUCUUAAAUAAACAUCCGCAACGUGCAUUAAUCAGAGGAAAAAUCCUGCUCAAGCAGCGGGGCCAAGAAAAUAAUAGAGGCAUAGCCAUGGACCCUGAAAUUCUUGAUGAUGUCAUCCGUCAAUUACUUGGAUGUAGAAGAAAACCUGGCAAGCUGGUGAAUCUGUAUGAAUCUGACAUCAGGAAACUUUGUGUGGUGUCCCGGAAAAUCUUCUUAAGCCAGCCAAACCUAUUGGAGCUUGACGCACCCAUCAACGUAUGUGGAGAUAUUCAUGGUCAGUAUUCUGAUCUUCUGAGGAUUUUUGAAUACGGUGGUUUUCCUCCUCGUUCCAAUUACUUGUUUCUGGGGGAUUAUGUUGAUCGUGGAGAACGAAGUCUUGAAACAAUAUGUCUUCUCUUGGCAUUUAAAAUAAAAUAUCCUGAAAACUUUUUUCUGUUGAGGGGCAAUCAUGAAUGUGCCCGAUUAAACCGUAUUUAUGGAUUUUAUGACGAGUGUAAACGAAGAUACAGUCUUAGACUGUGGAAGAUAUUCACAAAUUGCUUUGAUUGCCUUCCAAUGGCAGCUCUAAUCGAUAACAGGAUAUUAUGCGUGCAUGGUGGGCUUUCUCCCGAGUUACGAAAUUUGGGUCAGAUCAGGAAUUUAGGCAGGCCUACUGAUGUUCCAGAAUCUGGUUUGCUAUGUGAUCUCUUGUGGUCUGAUCCUUGUAGGUCCGAGGGCUGGGUUGAAAGUAAAAGGGGGGUCUCCUAUGCUUUUGGUCCUGACAUUGUAGAGGAGUUUCUUGAGAAGCAUGAUCUUGAUCUAAUCUGCCGAGCCCACCAGGUUGUGGAAGAUGGAUACGAAUUCUUUGCUGAUAGAGGUCUUGUGACCAUAUUUUCAGCACCUAAUUACUGUGAAAAGUUUGAGAAUGCUGGUGCCAUGAUGAGCGUAGAUGAGAAUUUAGUGUGUUCUUUUCAUGUAUUAAAGCCUGUUUACACUCCUAGAAUCAAGAGGUUUUUCUGAGUCCUUGCCAACCUGCACAAUCAAGAUAUCUCAUGUUAUUGAAAUGGCAGACAGAUGAAAUGCAGAGUGAGGUCAAUGUCAGCAACUAAAAUCAAAUCUAUUGUAUAUAUGCUUCUUUGAAGAAAUAAUCUAUCAAUUAUUUUAUGUUCUGAUAACAA